AUGAACUUGGUAGAACAAAACAGGAGAGAGCAAGCCAGAGCAAGGUAUGGAAGCCGAUUUCAAUUCCGUUUUGGGUCCCUUUGUAGGCCCUUGAGUGAUGCGCUCAGGUGGAGCUCCUGUUCUCAGGCGUGCGAAGGAGGCGUGGAGGAGCGAACACGUGGGGUAACAGAAGCCAGCGCGAGCUCACACGGUGGAGGUGCGAUCCUGCAACACGCAUCGCUGCGGGCAGAGCUGCCUCCCGGUCGACUGCAAGUGGGGCAAAUGGAGCGAAUGGAGUGCCUGUUCCAAGUGCGCUGGACAGAAGACGAGACAUCGCAGGGUGGUGAGGCCGCCCAUGGGAGGGAGAAUCCAUCAGGUCACAAAGCACAUGUCGAACGGUACAUAUGCACAGAGUUUUCCACGCAGGGUGCCGGAAUGCGGCGGCCGACGCUGCAAGGCGACCCCGGCAAACAGCGCAUCAACUCCUGCUCAGUCAGCGUGAAUCGUGCAUGGCUGGUUUUCAUGUUCGACAUGUUGGCGAUCAUCUUGACGACCAGGGAGGGCAGUGCAGUCGAUGAGAUUGGGAUCUUGCUUGAUGAUGGUGGCUGA